GCUAGCCAGCAAAAGUUGUUUUGUCAUUCUGUGAGUUGCCGAAACGCAGGAACACUGUAGCGAGAAAUACAAAAAAAGAACCGUAAUUAUCCUUGGAAAUAGUGGCAAUCGCUACAUUUACGUUCGUUUUUGUGGUUUGAUAAAGGCUCGGUAAGAAAACACUGAAAAAAUGCCGGCGGAAUCCAGCACAACGAAAGUGAUUGUCCACCCGCUGGUACUGUUGAGCGUUGUGGACCACUUUAACCGGAUGGGGAAAAUCGGAAAUCAAAAGCGUGUAGUUGGGGUGCUACUUGGAUGCUGGCGAGCUAAAGGGGUGCUGGAUGUAUCCAACAGUUUCGCUGUCCCAUUCGACGAGGACGACAAAGACAAAUCGGUUUGGUUCCUGGAUCACGACUAUCUGGAGAACAUGUACGGAAUGUUUAAGAAAGUGAACGCCCGCGAACGCGUCGUCGGUUGGUAUCACACCGGACCGAAGCUGUGCCAGAACGACAUCGCCAUAAACGAGUUGAUUCGUCGCUACUGUCCUAAUUCGGUGCUGGUCAUCAUUGAUGCCAAACCGAAGGACUUGGGUCUUCCAACAGAGGCAUACAUUGCCGUCGAGGAAGUGCAUGACGAUGGAUCGCCUACCUCGAAAACGUUCGAGCAUGUUCCGAGUGAAAUCGGUGCCGAGGAGGCGGAGGAAGUGGGUGUGGAGCACCUGCUGCGUGACAUCAAGGAUACCACGGUGGGUAGUUUGUCCCAGAAGAUCACCAACCAGUUGCUGGGUUUGAAGGGGUUGAACGCUCAAUUGCGUGACAUAAAGGCCUACCUACUGAAAGUGGGCAAUGCUCAACUUCCCGUCAACCAUCAGAUUGUGUAUCAGCUGCAGGAUAUUUUAAACCUCCUGCCUGAUAUAGCACAGGAAAAUUUCACCGACACGUUGUACGUGAAGACAAAUGAUCAGAUGCUGGUUGUUUACCUAGCUUCGCUCGUUCGAUCGAUCAUCGCUCUGCACAACCUUAUCAAUAAUAAGCUCACCAAUCGGGACGCUGAGGAGGGCAAGAAAAGCGAUGAUGCGAAGGAUAAGAAAGACGCUAAGGAUAAGGCCGAGAAAGAUGGCGAUAAGGAUAAAAAGAAGGACGAUAAAGAUAAGAAGGAUGAGAAAACGAAAGAGGAGAAAAAGAAGUAAAACGCAAGUAUGUAUUUGAGGGUAUUUUUGCUAUUUUAUAUUACGCAAA